CCGCCGCGCCCCGUCCGUCCUAUGUGACCCGCCCCGGCGCCAAGAUGAAAGACGAUUUUGCAGAGGAGGAGGAGGUUCAGUCCUUCGGCUACAAGAGGUUUGGUAUUCAAGAGGGGACACAGUGUACCAAGUGUAAAAACAACUGGGCACUGAAAUUUUCCAUCAUCUUAUUAUAUAUUUUAUGUGCCCUGUUAACAAUCACAGUAGCCAUUCUGGGAUACAAAGUUGUAGAAAAAAUGGACAAUGUGACAGGUGGCCUGGAAACAUCCCACAGAAGAUAUACAGAGAAGCUCACAGAGGUGGAGAGUGACCUGAAGAAAUUAGAUGACCAAGCUGGACAAAAAGCCAUGAAUACUAACACUGAACUGUCUAGCUUCAGAUCGGACAUUCUGGCUCUUCGUCAGCAGCUUCAUGACAUUUCAGAGAAAACUUCCAGAAACAAAGAUACACUGGAGAAGCUGCAAGAGUCUCGAAAUGUGUUAGAUGAUAGACAGAGUCAAAUGAGAAGUACCUUAGAUAGUAACUCCUUCAUGAUCAUCAGUGUCAAUAAGACUCUUCAGGCAUAUACCGGCUAUAUCAACAAUCUCCAGCAAGACACUAGUAACAUCCAAACAAACUUGCAAAACCAAGUGCAUUCUCACAAUGUGGUCAUCAUGAACCUGAACAACUUAAACCUGACACAGAUACAGCAAAGAAAUCUUAUUAGUGUCCUGCAGAAGUCAAUGGAAGAUACAAGCUUGGCUAUUCUAAGAAUCAAGAAUGACUUUCAAAAUCUGCAGCAGGUUGUCCUUCAAGCCCGGAAGGACACUGACUGGCUUAAGGAGAAAGUACAAAAUUUACAGAUUCUGGCUGCCAACAACUCAGCAUUGGCAAAAGCUAACAAUGAUACACUUGAAGACAUGAACAAUCAGCUCAGCUCCUUCAGUGGGCAAAUGGAGAACAUCACCACAGUUGCCCAAGCCAACGAACAAAGUUUAAAGGAUCUUCAGGAACAGCAUAAAGAAUAUGAAAACCGAACUUCUGCCAAAUUCAACCAGAUAGAAGAGAGGUUCCAGGUCUUUGAAACCGAUAUAGUCAGUAUCAUUAGCAACAUCAGCUACACUGCUCAUCAUCUACGGACACUGACCAGCAAUCUCAAUGAGGUCAGGACAACUUGUACAGACACCCUAAGUAAACAUUCAGAUGAACUGAUUUUUAUGAACAGCACACUAGCCAAUAUUCGCUUAGACUCUGCAUCUCUCAAGGUGCAGCAGGAUUUGAUGAGGUCAAGGUUAGAUGUUGAGGUUGCCAAUUUGUCUGUAAUCAUGGAAGAAAUGAAGCUGGUAGAUUCCAAACAUGGCCAGCUCAUCAAGAACUUCACCAUCCUACAAGGCCCUCCUGGUCCCAGGGGACCUAAAGGUGACAGAGGCCCUCAAGGUCCUCUUGGCCCAGCUGGCCUAAAAGGACAAAAAGGGGAGAAAGGAGAGCCCGGACCACCAGGACCUGCAGGUGAGAAGGGCCCACCUGGGCCAGCUGGGCCACCAGGAGAAAAAGGAGGGAAAGGUUCCAGAGGAUCACCUGGCUCCAAAGGUCAGAGAGGUUCUCCUGGCAAGACGGGUUCACCUGGACCAAGCGGAGACCCAGGACCACCGGGUCCACAAGGCAAAGAUGGCCCACCUGGGCCACAAGGCCCACCAGGAUUUCAAGGUCUGCAAGGAACUGUGGGAGAGCCAGGGGUACCAGGACCUCGAGGACUACCUGGGCCACCUGGAGUCCCUGGGCUACCUGGUCCAAAGGGCCCACCUGGUCCACCAGGGCCACCAGGUCCAGGGAUUCCAAUGGCACUACAAAGUGAGCCUACAUCAGAGCCCGAGGCUAAUGGCUGUUCUCGUCAUUGGAAGAACUACACGGAAAAGUGCUACUACUUUUCAGUUGAAAGAGAAAUUUUUGAAGAGGCAAAGUUAUUCUGUGAAGAGAAGGAAUCCCGCUUGGUUAUCAUAAACAACAAAGAGGAGCAGCAAUGGAUAAAAAGGCAGAUUUCUGGAAAAGGCAGCUUCUGGAUUGGACUAACAGAUUCAGAGAAGGAAAAUGAAUGGAGAUGGCUGGAUGGGUCCUUACCAGUUUACACAAACUGGAAAAGCGGGCAACCUGAUAACUGGAGCCAUGGGCACGGGCCAGGGGAAGAUUGCGCUGGGUUAAUCUAUGCUGGGCUCUGGAAUGACUUUUACUGUGAAGAUGUUAACAAUUUCAUUUGUGAAAAAGACAUGGACAAAGGGCAAGUAUUUGGAGUGUAAUAGGCUGGGACUUUAAAGAUACCUACAUAUCAUGGAAAUUUACUUAAUGAAGAAGAAAAUCCUGGGAGAGAGCAACAUUGCCUACCAAAAC